GGUUUGAGCUGAGGGGUCCCAGAAUGAAGUGCGCAUUUCGUAGAAGGUUUUUGACCAGGGUCUGUACGUGGCAGAGAAAAAAAUCUCUGCAGAUCACUAACUCGGGCGUCUACAAUAGAUUUGCACGUACUGUUAAAGGUGUAGGAUUAUUUUACAAUCACAAGGGAACGAAAAGGCGUACUGCACGCACUAACCCCUUGGAAUCAGGCUUGGCUACUAAGUGGUGCCGUGGGGUCCAUGACCAGAACCACAUCUCCUUCACAGAAGCUGCGUCUUCACUUUACCCCACUUUCGUCUUUCCUGUCUUAUCUACCAGUACAAUGAGGAAACACCUGUCUCUCCCAGCCCUGGCUCUGGUUUGCUGCUGCUUCUGGGGCAUUCAGGCUGAAGUCUACACCUCUAUAGGUCAAAUGACAGACCUGAUAUACACAGAGAAGGAGUUGGUUCAGUCCUUGAAAGAAUAUAUUCAAGCAGAAGAGUCCAAGCUUGCUGCUGUGAAAAGCUGGGCUAACAAGCUGGACGUACUGACGCUUGCCUCCACCUCAGACCCAGAGGUCUACCUGGCCCACCCCGUCAACGCCUACAAGCUGAUGAAGAGACUCAACACCGAGUGGUCCGAGCUGGAGAGCCUUGUGCUGCAGGACCCCUCAGAUGGGUUCAUCUCCAACAUGACUGUACACAGGCAGUACUUCCCUGACGAGGAGGAUGAGAAAGGUGCUGCCAAGGCACUGAUGCGUCUCCAGGACACGUACAAACUGGAUUCAGAGAGUUUCUCCAAGGGCAAGCUGCCUGGUGUGCACCACAACGCCAUCCUGACAGUGGAUGACUGUUACGACAUGGGGAAGACGGCGUACAACGAGGCAGACUACUACCACGCGGUGCUGUGGAUGCAGCAGGCCCUCAGGCAGAUGGAUGCAGGGGAGGAGCACGUGGUGUCCAAGGCCGACGUCCUGGACUAUCUCAGCUACUCCGUCUACCAGAUGGGAGACCUGCCCCGUGCCAUCGAGCUGACACGCCGCCUAGUGGCCAUCGACUCUAGCCACCAGAGGGCAGGAGGGAACCUGCGCUACUUUGAGAAGCUGCUAUCCAAGCAGCUGAAGGAGCUGAACCAAGAGGUCCAGGAGCCGGCCACAGAGGAGCCCAUCCAGCUGGGGACCUACAAGAGACCCAAGGACUACCUACCUGAGAGGGAGAUCUACGAGGGCCUAUGUAGGGGAGAGGGAGUCAAAAUGACCAGUGCGAGGCGCAGCCGGCUGUACUGCCGCUACCAUGACGGGAACAGGAACCCUCGCCUGCUGCUCCAGCCCAUGAAGGAGGAGGACGAGUGGGACAGCCCACACAUCGUCCGCUACCUCAACGCCCUUUCAGACUCAGAAAUUGAGAAGAUUAAGGAGCUGGCCAAGCCCAGGCUUGCGAGAGCGACUGUUCGAGACCCCAAAACAGGCGUUCUGACCACAGCGAACUACAGGGUGUCAAAAAGUGCCUGGCUGGAGGGGGAGGAGGACCCUGUUAUUGAACGUGUCAACCAGAGGAUAGAGGACAUCACAGGCCUGACGACGCAGACUGCCGAGUUACUCCAGAUUGCUAACUAUGGGGUCGGAGGACAAUAUGAGCCACAUUUUGAUUUCUCCAGGAAAGAUGAACCUGAUGCUUUCAAAACAUUAGGCACUGGAAAUCGUGUGGCUACUUUUUUAAAUUACAUGAGUGAUGUUGAAGCGGGAGGAGCAACUGUAUUCCCAGACUUUGGAGCAGCUAUCUAUCCCAAAAAGGGAACUGCAGUCUUCUGGUACAACCUCUUUAGGAGUGGAGAGGGAGACUACAGGACCAGACACGCUGCCUGUCCUGUGUUAGUAGGAUGUAAAUGGGUGUCCAACAAAUGGAUCCACGAACGAGGUCAGGAGUUCAGGAGGCCAUGUGGCCUGACAGAAGUGGACUGAACUUGACCUCUCACCCCUGACCCCUGGCUGCAGGAGUACACUCCACCUGCAGUGCCUGAACUUUUGAUUGAAAACACACACACACACACACUGUGGUAUCCAUUAUGGCUUUUAACAAUGAUCUGAAGCUUGGGAGUCUGCAGUAACUAUGCAGAGAAAUGGAUAUGUAGCUUUAAAGUCUCUGAUUUCUUGUUUUGUUUACAUGUUUGUUUAGCAUUCAGAUGUUUCAUACAAAAAUGACUUAUGCAUAACCACAUACUGACUGCACAACCCUAUCAGAACAUACUGCUUCAUCUAUUCCUGUCCAUUUACGUUUGUAUUUAUAGACUUCUUAAAUUAUUACACUGUAUGAUUGUGACAUUUUUAAAAGAUGGAAAAUGUGGAGCAGAAUAAACAGUGUAUUUGAUUAAAAGUGCAGUAGGCCUACAUUCA